AUGGAAGCCGGAGGGUACAAUCAGGUAAUGUAUAUUCAUUUACUUCCCAUUUAUCGUUUUUCUUUCUUUCAAUUGGGAUGGGAACAAGAAAUGCACUGGCAUCAAUUUUGGACACCACCACAAGAUGAAGUCAAAGGGAAAGGUGGAUCAGCCACUAAUACUGUCAUUAGACCGAAAGAUGAAGCAAGACAUACAGCAACUGCGCAUAUUGAUGAAGAAUUCAGAUCACGGAUUUUACUUGCAUUACAAUCAUCUUUACCAAACGAAGUGGAUUGGGUAUUCAACACACUGAUCAAGUUCUCUUUUGCUUCGGAGAAUUUUUGUUUAGACUUCAUGCCGACUUUAGUGGAUCAUCUUGUCACUUUUGUUGAACCUUUUUUCAAUAAAUACGUACAACCAGAUGUGAACAAUCGCAAGAAGAAUGACGACGACGAUGAUGAUUUGGGAUAUAUGCUACAUCGGGUGUUUUGUAGUAAAGAAGAUCUAGAAAUAUUUGAACGUACAUUACAAGUCUUCCAUAUCAUUCGAAAUUUCUCAUUUUUGGAUAAUAAUAUUCGACAUUUAGCACAUCACGAUACUUUACGACAUUACUUGAUGACCGGUAUUACAUUAUCACCUAGUUCACAGUUUGCAGAAUUGACAAGACAGUGCUUGGAUAUCCUGGAAAACAUUGCUCCUCAAGUGAUUGUACAUAGUCCUGAUGACCCAUAUCUUGUAGCCAUGUCUUAUCUACUCUUAUCCAAUGAUCGUGCUUUGAUCUUAGGUGCCAUUCGAUCGUUGACACGUGUAGCUGUGACAGAAGUGAACGAACGCGUACUCUGUAUUCCAAAAGUGGACUUGAUGGAACGUUUAUUUCAACUCUUACUUGUAGAUGAUGAAGAAUUGGUAGCAGCAACUCUAGAAUACUUUUAUCAAUAUACUAGUUUACGGGGUGAUUUUGGUACACAAUUAGUCAAGACAUAUCCUGGGAAUCUGAUGGGACUACUGACUGGAUUCUUAUCUUAUAAAUCAAGUUUGGUACCUCUUUCCUCAACAACAAAUCAUUAUAUUAAUGAAACUAUUCAUGGUAUUCCUGCUGCUCAAUUGGCUGCUUCUCAAAAUGCAAGAGCUGAACAAGCUAAAAUCCCUGAUUUGACAGAUUAUUUGAAUUUGGAUGAACCUUUCCGAUGUCUUGGCUGGCUGAAAGAUAUAUUGGAAACUGGGAAUUCAAAUGACACACUAGCCUUGAAGGAAUGUUUUAAUCGAUAUCAAGAAAAAUUUAGUGGCAACAAACCAUUUGGACUCAAAGAAUUCUAUACUGUACUUGUGAUUGCCUUUCCUCAACCUGCAGAAGUACAAAAAGCUGCUGCUGGCCCAGCUCCUUUGAUUGAUUUGGUGCUACAAAAUAUCAAGUAUGGACCUGACAAGCGACAUGAAGGUAAGAAUCAUCUUUAA